CGCCUGCAGCACAGGAAACCCCGUAGCGGCUUUCAGAGGGGACCCAAGAUGGCCGAAUCUUCACAGUGGGGCUAAUAAUUACUUUUCGUCAAGACGCUGCUAUUUCAUGGUGCUCGACGGUCGCGCUGGCCAUUCGCCGUCCCGGAAAGUGAAACGAGCGAGUCUAUUCGAUUAGUUACAUCGGGGAAUGUUUAUCUCUGUGUGAAGAGACUGGCUGGUCCAUCCGCGGCCCUUAGCCAGAAUAUGGCGGAAUACCUAGAGAAAAUAUAGCUUAGCUUAUUAUGAACGCGCCGCUUUAUACACGACCCUUCCCGCCUUUUCACCGACCGCGCGCGAGUAUAAUGAUAAAAUAGCGUUAUCGGUACGUCUUUGGAGUUCAUUCGCGCGCGUUUCGAACAUUUCUAGGUUAAAAUGACUCGCGCGAGGAGAUAGCCUGCUAGCUGAGGCGCUAGCUACGCUAACCCCGUUUGACUGAAUUAGUCGCAGCGUUAGCAUAGCCUAGCUAGCUUAAAGUAAAGGGGAACGCAGGAAAAUAAACACAUUCUGCGUUCGUGCUCUGACUGCAUGCUUUUAAACUCUUUUCUCACCAUUUCACGGCCUUUAGAAACGGAGGAGCGUAUUUCGUGCUUGCGUUUAUAAAAAGUUCAAAAUAUUGAGUAUGUUGUGGAGAGUCUCGGCUGCACACAGCGGCUAGCUGACCAUCGCUAGACUGGUCAGAAUAAUUCUUCUGGACUGAAUACGUUUACUGUGAUAGAGCCCACAACAACAUACUGCAUCAGCUUAGCGACAGCUUGCUAGUGAUUGCCAUACAUUUCAGCUUGAAGUUGACAGCAGAUUCUGUUGCACCUUGCAAGCAGAGGACGUUGAGAUUUAUUGAAUCAAGGGCAAAAGCCUGUUUGAGUGUUACUUGCAAGGAUGACUGACACUCGUAGACGAGUAAAAGUGUACACUUUGAAUGAGGACCGCCAGUGGGAUGAUCGGGGGACGGGACAUGUGUCAUCCGCCUACGUUGAGAGGCUGAAAGGCAUGUCUCUCCUGGUGCGCGCCGAAAGUGAUGGGUCACUGCUGCUGGAGUCCAAAAUCAACCCUAACACCGCCUAUCAGAAACAGCAGGACACAUUAAUAGUAUGGUCUGAGGCUGAAAACUAUGACCUAGCUCUUAGCUUCCAGGAGAAGGCUGGUUGUGAUGAGAUCUGGGAGAAAAUAUGUCAGGUCCAGGGAAAGGACCCCUCUGUAGAUAUCACCCAGGAGCUGAUAGAUGAGUCUGAAGAGGAACGCUUUGAUGACAUGUCCUCUCCUGGUCUUGAACUUCCGCCAUGUGAGCUCUCCCGACUGGAGGAAGUGGCUGAGCUGGUGGCAUCAUCCUUACCUUCUCCGUUACGGCGGGAAAAACUGUCCCUGGCGCUGGAGAACGAAGGUUACAUCCGCAAACUGCUGGAGCUAUUCCGAGUGUGCGAGGACUUGGAGAACCGAGAAGGCCUGCAUCACCUCUAUGACAUCAUCAAAGGCAUUUUCCUCCUCAACCGCACAGCGCUUUUCGAAGUCAUGUUCUCCGAAGAAUGCAUCAUGGAUGUGAUCGGAUGUCUGGAGUUCGAUCCAUCGCUACCCCAACCACGGCGGCAUCGAGAGUUCCUCACCACCACGGCACGCACGGUUUUUUUUCUUAAAGAGGUCAUUCCCAUUUCAGACCCGGAGCUGCGGCAGAAGAUUCAUCAAACAUACCGUGUGCAGUAUAUUCAGGACAUGGUGCUGCCCACCCCCUCUGUCUUUGAAGAAAACAUGCUGUCCACCCUGCACUCCUUCAUCUUCUUCAACAAAGUGGAGAUUGUUGGCAUGCUGCAGGACGAUGAGAAGUUUUUGACUGAGCUCUUUGCACAGCUAACUGAUGAAGCCACAGAUGAUGACAAACGGCAUGAGCUGGUAAAUUUCCUGAAGGAGUUUUGUGCGUUCUCACAAACGCUGCAACCACAGAACAGAGACGCAUUCUUCAAAACUCUGUCCAACAUGGGUAUCCUGCCAGCGCUGGAAGUUAUUCUUGGCAUGGAUGAUGUUCAGGUGCGUGGAGCAGCCACUGAUAUCUUCUCCUACCUGGUGGAGUACAACCCCUCCAUGGUGCGAGAGUUUGUUAUGCAGGAGUCUCAGCAGAAUGAUGACGACAUUCUGUUGAUAAAUCUGAUAAUUGAGCAUAUGAUCUGUGACACGGAUCCAGAGUUGGGUGGAGCUGUACAGCUAAUGGGGUUGCUCAGGACACUAGUGGACCCAGAGAACAUGCUGGCAACUGCUAAUAAAACGGAGAAGACCGAGUUCUUGAGUUUCUUCUAUAAGCAUUGCAUGCAUGUGCUCUCUGCUCCACUUCUUGCCAACACCACAGAAGAAAAACCCAGCAAAGAUGAUUUCCAGACGUGUCAGCUGCUGGCUCUAAUCGUAGAGCUGCUCACUUUCUGCGUGGAGCAUCACACGUAUCACAUAAAGAACUACAUCAUCAACAAAGACAUCCUCCGCAGAGUACUGGUGCUCACGGCAUCUCAACAUGCUUUCUUAGCCUUAUGUGCUUUGCGUUUCAUGAGGAAAAUCAUUGGCCUGAAGGACGAGUUUUAUAACAGAUACAUUAUGAGGAACUUCCUGUUUGAGCCAGUGGUCAAAGCUUUCCUCAACAAUGGAUCCAGAUACAACCUCAUCAACUCAGCUGUUAUAGAGAUGUUUGAGUAUGUCAGGGUGGAGGAUGUGAAGUCCCUGACAGCUCAUAUCAUAGAGAACUACUGGAAGGCCCUGGAGGAUGUAGACUAUGUUCAGACAUUUAAGGGACUGAAGCUCCGAUAUGAACAGCAGAGAGAAAGACAGGACAACCCUAAACUUGACAGUAUGCGGUCGAUUCUGAGAAAUCACCGUUUUCGCCGUGAUGCGCGGACACUGGAAGAUGAAGAGGAGAUGUGGUUUAACACAGAUGAGGAAGACUUGGAGGACGGUGAAGCUGUAGUGCCGCCCUCAGAUAAGAUGAAGAGUGACGAGGACCUGAUGGAUCCUAUCAGCAAGUUCAUGGAGAGGAAGAAACUGAAAGAUUCAGAAGAGAAAGAGGUGCUGUCAGGGAAGGCGAGCCUCUCAGGACGGCAGAGCCCCAGUUUUAAACUCUCCUUCUCCAGCUCCCCAAAGCCCAGUCUGUCCUCUCCCCCAACCGCAUCCCUCCAUCCAGGUUCACCUGGUUCUCCAAGUUCUCCCGGGACAGGAGCCCGGAGCUCCCCCCCUACGGCAGCUGUCACCACUAAGGGAGGUCUGGUGGGGUUGGUGGACUACCCCGAUGACGACGAAGAGGACGAGGAUGAAGAAGACGCAGACAGUAAAGAAGAAAGUCCUCCGCUGUCCAAGAAGUCCAAGCUGAGCUCCUAAAACAGUCCCUCGUCAAUCAGUACAGUCAUGCUCAAAGGGAGCUUCAUCCAGAGACUAUUGCAGCGCUCGGCCUAGAACUCAAAACUGAAACAAAAUGAAUGAAUACACAAAUGAAUGGAUAAAUGAUCGAAUGCAGCCCCCCGCAGGAGUCCAAGGGGCGCCAUGUGAGGAACAGAGAAAGGGAGAGUAAGAGAGGGAGAAGAUUCGGUCACAGAGCGAAAAGGUGAAUGUCUCCACGUGGAGUUUGUCCAAGUGCCAAUCUGCAAGAAAGAGAGAGAGACUCGCGAAACGAACGGAGAGACCGAAGAGGAGAUAAAACUGGUCUGGACAAAGAAUAAUUGAAAAAAGAAAUAAGAAAUUAAUUUCGACAAAGCUAGAAGUACUGGGGGGUAAAAAAGACCUCACACACAGUCAGUCAGUCGCUCACAGACACUCAAACUGUUGCCCCACAGAGCGUCCCAGGCUUGGACCAGGACACACUGCCCCCCCUCUCAGGGAAGGACCUCACGUGACCCGAACUGGGCCAGCCAAUCCACAACCUUCACUCACCUUUGCUGACUCAAUCUCCAUUUAUUUCUCUCCUUCCUCUCAACCCUUUUUUCUGUUGCUCUUUUUUUUCCUCUUUAUUAUUAUUUUUUUCUUUUGUCUUUGAGUUUCUAGGGCUAGACGGGACACUAGGGAGCAAAGAAGUCUGGGUCGUCAUUGUUUAAGAUGUCACCGUUGUUCUCGUGGCUCAGCGGAAGUUCUUCCUCUUUCAAAGCCAGCAGUUCCCUCCUUUUUCUUAUUCUGUUGUUCUCCUCUCUCAUUUUUUUAAAUGACAUAAGAGACCUGCCUUUAAUUGUUCAGGAUGUUUUCAGCCGCACUUGAACAGGUUUUUAAAACCUCAGUGGGGGGAGAUAGUUUUACCCUUUUUUUGCCCUUCAAAACUGCAGAUUUUUUGGAAAAUUUGUAAGCCCGUCUUGAUUAAAGAUUGAGUGGAACUCUAGAUGUGAUCGAUUUGUCAUAUCUUCAUUUUCUUUUCUUUUACAUGAGUGUACUCUUAGUUGUUCGGUAUAUUUGGGACCAUUAAAAAGAUCUUUGCUGUAGUAGAUCUCUCACAGUUGUGCUGGUUCCCUGUAUCAUGUCAACUGUGCUGAUAUUCUGUCUUUUGAACUGGGAUUUCAUCACUGAAAUGAUCGUCCUGUCUGCUCGUCUGAAUACAUCAGUGGAAAGUCCUGCCUCCGCUGACGGAGGCUUUCUAAACAACCUGCACACAAUUAAAGAUGAGUUUUUAUUUUCUGAAA